AAAUGUCAAUGGCGGAAUGUAACGGAAAGACAACUCAUUCUGUUGGAGGAAACAAAUAAUACGCUGACAUUAACAAUAAGCGCACAGUGCCUUACCUAGAUAUCUUAAGAAAAUAUGAUGUACGGCUAAGUUUUACGAACAGUUUUCUGCAUCUCGUCCUUCAGUGAUUGACAUAAUGGCAGAUAGCACAUCCAGCGCUGAUAUGCUCUACUUAUUCAAAACAUUCAAGAAAACGCCAAACAUGAUUUCGGCCAAAAUUCAGGAUAUUCUUGAGGACAACUUAUCCGAGAAGUUGCGACAUUUCGUCAGCGACGUUGAAGCCUUGAAUUGCUAUAAAAAAGAAGUUAAGCCAGGCGAUGUAGAACGUGCCAGCAUUGAGGACAUCGCCCACUUCGACGCUUGUAUCGAUCGCAUCGAGGCGAAGCUUUACAAGCUUAUGGCUACUCCAUCCCACGUGGUCCUUCCCGAAGAUGAGUUUCUCCGACAGAUCGAAGAAGAUUCCAGACUGAAGCGGAUAGAAACCAGACGUCUGAUUGCCAUGAAGGCCGAAAGCAAUCGUAAGCUUCGGGAGGAGAUUGCACUCGUUAAAAAACGCCAAGAGGUUGCUGACAGGCUCAAGCAAGCCAAGACCCAGCUGUGCUCUGAUAGUUGAACGAUAAACCUAACGUAGCCUGAGCACAAGCGCUUCCGAGUCCGCAACAAACAAAACUUAAUGCGAUUGCCAGAGACAGACAGAGUAACGGUUCUGGGAGCCCUCUAUUGCCAUUAUAAACGGAUUAUAGCCCUAUGUGUAUAUAAAUAAAUGAAUUCUAACGCAAGUUUAAUAAAGUCAACACUGUCCUGUAGAGACACCCAAACGUAAAAAAUUUUAAAGCAGAUUGUCAUUAAACGAGGUUCGACUGGGUUCAACCCUGUUAACAUUUUAUUUUGAUGCAUAUGUGUACAUUCUACGGCCUUUAUUAAAAUCCCGGCGGAGACAGGCUUAUCGUUGAACGAAAUGAGAGAUCACUUAGGUUUUGCUUAAGACAAGUAAAUGCUACACAGUGGGUGCGAAUGUAGGAAUUUUUUAUUGUGAGAAGUUAUAUGAAAUUAAUUUUGUGCAUGUAAAUAUAUGAUAGUACGACGCAUUUUCAUAAAUCUUCAAUAGUGAAAAUUGCUUUUGAGUGUACAGAUAAUAUGAGCCUGUUUUGGCCAUAAUAAAUAUUACUGCACACAUCUGAGAUAAAUAUUUUUAGAGAUAUAAGGUUAACUCAAGUUCAAGGUAUUUUUUAUUUAAGAAGUUUAUUUCAACUAAAUAUUGUUCUACAAAACGACUUAUGCAGUCAUUUUUGUGGUACUCUUCAAUAGCUGUCGUCCUUCUUCCGAGAACAUUCUAAUUGUUAAACUUCUUAGAAACUUUUACUCUCCGUCUUUUUGAAUUUAUAUCAAAUAUAUUCAUGUGAUACUUACCCAUAAUCCAAUAAUUAGAUUGUACAAACGCGUGCCUUUUUUCUACCCAACAGUAAUAACGUCUCAUUUAUUGUAAUUUCGUAAUAUAAGCUCUAUUAAAGUCUUGUCUAUAGAAAGCCUGUAGAAUCUGACUAGACUCUUGUAUCCACUGAACACGAAACACAAAGAGGAGGCAAAUAGGUCCUGUCCGUGUAAUGGUGCGGUAGGCAGCGUGCUUAUCUAAUGAAUUUACGGACGCGCAAUGAUGAUAGGCAUUGCUUCACUGAAUGUAACAGCCGAAACGUUCUUUCUAAGCUGUUGUGCAUUGCCGAUAACGUGGUAGCAUGGUGCUAGUGUCCUGAUUAUCUGCUUGCAAAAAGUUAAUUGAUUUAAGCCGACAUCAGUCUGU